GGUGUUGUCGUUUCAAACGGUUUAGUGUGAUUAUAAGUUUAAUUAUUUGUAUAAUAAUGGCUGAUUUAAAUAAAGCUGGACCUUCAGGCGUAAAAAGACGUAAGACCGUGAAAGUGAGAAAUGAAAAAAAUCUGAGUGUUGAGGAAUUGAUGCAGUUUUUAUAUAAUUCAGACUCAGAUGAAGAUUAUGAAGACUCUGAUGUAGAUAACUUUGAAAUUGAAAAUGUUUCGGAAGACUCUUCUGGAAGUGAUACUGAGGAUGAUGUACUACAGAACGAGUUAAAUAAUACCGUUGCGAAUAAUCCUGACGUACAGAUUACAGACAAUGAAUGGACCGAAACAACUAGCGGUAUGAAACAAAUUCCAUUUACAAAAAGAAGUGGAUUGUUAGUCGAUAGUCCUGGUGAUAGUGCGUACGAUUGGUUUAGGCUGUUGUUUGACGAUGAACUUUUAAAUAUGAUUGUCUUACAAACUAACAGUUAUGCAGUUGAAGUUCUUUCUACCAGCAAAGGAUGUGACCGUUCAAGGAUUUCCCUAUGGAAGGAAUUAACAAUAUCGGAAUUGCUAAUAUUUAUUGGAUUAACCUUCCAUACAGGAACAAUCCAAUUGCGUAGCAUACAAGACUACUGGAAGAAAAAUAGAUUAUUUUCGACUUGUUUUUCUUCAUACAUGAGUAGAGACCGCUAUUUGCUUAUAAUGCGAUGCCUUCAUUUUGCCGAAAAUGUAAAAGAAAAUGAACCAGUUCCAGUAGAUCGACUAUAUAAGGUAAGACCCUUGCUAGAUCAUUUUAAUAACAAAAUGAAGACGGUAUACUAUCCAGGAAAGUAUUUAUCUCUAGACGAAUCUAUGAUCUUGUGGAAAGGAAAACUGGUAUUCAAGCAAUAUCUCCCUAAGAAACGACAUAAGUAUGGAGUAAAGCUUUAUAUGCUGACAGAAGCCGAUUCAACAAUUUUGGAUAUCCAUAUAUAUGCUGGUGCAGGUGAUGCAACUGCUGGUAAGUCUCAUGCAGAAAGAGUGGUGCUACACCUAAUGCGUAAUUUUUUCGACCAUGGACAUUCGCUUCAUAUGGACAACUAUUACAAUAGUUAUAACUUGGCCAAAUUACUACUGGAUAAAAAUAGUUUUUGUACAGGCACUCUGAGAAAAGAUAGGAAAGGCUGUCCAAAAAACGUCGUAGACGCAAAGUUAAAAAAAGGCCAGACCAAAAGUAUGUACCUCAACAACGUAAUGGUUGGAAAAUGGCGAGACAAAAGAGAUAUCAUUUACAUUUCAACUGAAUAUAAAAAUGAGAUGGUAACCGUAAGAAAUAGACGAGGGGAUGAGAAAAUUAAACCACUGCCAAUCAUUCAAUAUAAUAAAUAUAUGGGCGGAGUAGAUCUUCAAGACCAAAUGUCUUCUUAUUAUCCGCCGACACGCAAAACUUUACGUUGGUACAAAAAAAUUGGCAUACAUCUGUUUCAGCUAUAUUUGCAAAAUGCUCAUAGAUUGUAUAAUAAGUACCACGGCACGGAAAUAACAAAAUGUCAUAUUAUAAGUUUCGAUUGUCAAUACUUGAAAAGUUAUUACCAGAAAAAUGUCAAGGAACAGCAGUUGUAA